CCCACACUCCACUGUCAGUGCUACUGUAGAGAGCUUUGGUUAUCCGUGGAUAUCACACCAUUGCUAUCAUCUCUGUCUAUCAGUGUUUCUCUCUCCCUGUGUCAGCGGAUUGAUAUAGUAGAGUAGAAAACAAGCAAAAAUAAAACAUCUCUAGCCGAAAAUGGCAGAGCUUGGAGCGGGGAGCAUGCUGUUGGGGGAUCCUGCAUUUAAUUACCAAGAGCACGAGCUAAAUGAGCGAUUGAAGCGGCUCUACCCGGCCGUGAAUGAGGAAGAGACCCCCUUACCCCGAUCUUGGAGCCCCAAGGAUAAAUACAGCUACAUCGGACUCUCGCAGAACAAUCUGCGGGUACAUUACAAAGCUGGAAGGAUAGACAUUUUACUAUGUCUGCACAGCUUCCCAGGCAACCACAACAGCAGGAAUGCUGUGAUACAAAAUCAGCUUUCCCAAGGCAAAGAAGGGGGGAUGUACUAUGAAGACAGACCCAACAUACUGCCAUGGGAAGAACCAUAAGGAUGCCGCGUCUGUGCGUGCCACUCAUCCCAUACCAGCCGCCUGUGGGAUCUACUACUUUGAAGUGAAGAUUGUCAGCAAGGGCAGGGAUGGGUACAUGGGGAUUGGUCUGUCUGCCCAGGGGGUCAACAUGAACAGACUGCCUGGUUGGGACAAGCACUCAUAUGGUUACCAUGGCGACGACGGACACUCCUUCUGUUCUUCAGGGACUGGCCAACCAUAUGGCCCAACCUUCACCACAGGCGAUGUGAUUGGCUGCUGUGUGAACCUAAUUAACAACACCUGUUUCUACACCAAGAACGGCAUCAGUCUAGGUGUAGCCUUUACAGAUCUCCCUCCCAACCUUUACCCCACAGUGGGCCUGCAGACUCCAGGAGAGAUUGUGGAUGCUAACUUUGGCCAGCAGCCCUUUGUGUUUGACAUUGAGGACUAUAUGAGUGAAUGGAGGGCUAAGAUCCACGGCAUGAUCGCCCGCUUCCCCAUCGGAGAGAGACUGGGGGAAUGGCAGGCAGUGCUUCAGAACAUGGUAUCCACCUACCUGGUGCAUCAUGGGUACUGUGCCACAGCCACAGCCUUUGCCAGGGCUACAGAAACCUUGAUCCAGGAGGACCAGACCUCCAUAAAGAACAGACAGAGAAUACAGAAGCUGGUAUUGGCAGGGAGGGUUGGCGAGGCCAUCGAAGCCACACAGCAACUGUAUCCUGGGCUCCUAGAACACAACUCCAAUUUACUGUUCAUGUUGAAGUGUCGGCAGUUUGUGGAGAUGGUGAACGGUACAGACAGUGAGGUACGAUGCUUCAGUGUCCGCUCCCCCAAGUCCCAGGACAGCUACCCUGGCUCCCCCAGCCUGAGCCCCCGACAUGGAGCCACCAACCCCCAUCUGCACAGCGCAGGAGCAGACAGCCCAACAUGCAGUAACGGGGUCACCCCUCCCAACAAGAACAAGAGCCACAACAAGUACCCUGGUGUCAGCUCUGCCUCCUCCUCCUCCUCUUCCUCCCCUUCCUCUGUUAACUACUCUGAGUCCAACUCCACUGACUCCACCAAGUCCCAGCCUCACAGUGGCACCAGCAACCAGGAGACCAGUGACAGUGAGAUGGAGAUCGAGGCAGAGCACUACACUAAUGGGGUGGCGGAGAACUCCUCUACUCGGAUCAUGAACGGCACCUACAAGCAUCAAGAAAUCCUGCAGGCUGAGGACGGCAGCCUGGGCAACGGAGUGGCAGAAGACAGCUGUGCCUCCAGACAGCUGUGUGGAGGGAACCAGGCAGCCACAGAGAGGAUGAUCCAGUUUGGCCGCGAGCUGCAGGGCCUCAACGAGCAGCUGUGCCGGGAAUACGGCAAGAACGCCACGCACAAGAAGAUGCUGCAGGAUGCAUUCAGUCUAUUAGCAUAUUCAGAUCCCUGGAACUGCCCAGUUGGGCAACAGCUAGACCCAAUGCAGAGAGAGAAUAUCUGCUCUGCUCUCAACAGCGCCAUCUUGGAGUCUCAGAACUUGCCUAAGCAGCCCCCUCUGAUGCUGGCUGUAGGUCAGGCCACAGAGUGUGUCCAGCUCAUGGCCAGGGUCCGCUCAGGGUCCUGUUCCUUCGCCAGAGUUGACAGCUUUUUGCACUAGCCCCAGUCCAGGCAAUGUUCAGGACUACAAAGAAGAGGACUUUCCAAUGGGUUGCCAGAUGACUGAGGAGAUCAUGUGUUUGAAUUGGUGUGUCGCUUGCCAUUUGGCAGAAGCAGGAUGUGCAGGGGAAUGAGUAGAACAUGAGGAGAAAGCUUGUUUUUAAUUUAGUAUUAUCAAAUACAAAAUGUGUGACACUAUUUAAAGAUAAUUAAUUAUUAUUCUGUUUAUCUAGUCAUUUUCAAGUUUUUAUUUGGUCAGUUUGUUGUGCUCAUCUUGAACAAAAAAAAAAUCGAAUUCCGUUUUUGUUUUUAUGAGUGGAUUUGAAUUCCCUACACAGUAUUUUAAAGAUGUUUAUCAUAUCAAAUAAAUUCACAUUGGCAUGCUUUGUCGUUACCAAGCAAAAUACUCUGGUUUCUCAUUCAGAACUUUCACAGGACUUUUGUCAUCUAGAAAGAUGUAUGUUUAACCAGCAGUACAGUGGCUCCUAUUUAGGACCAGAUUUUUUUGGUUCAAAUUCUUACUUCUUAGUAUGCCUUUACUCCAAAAACGGAUUUAAUUGAAAGUUAAAGGUCUGAAUUGGAUUCUGAGACUGCACGUGGCUGUAAGCCACUAACCUGCUGGUCACAGUAAAGCCCCAGAUGGUAGCACAAAUGAAAUAAUGACACUGAUUCAUUUAGGAGUUUCAAUAUAAGUGUAGUAUAUUUCCAAUCAAGUGUCUCCACUAGUUUGAUGUGUAACAUAGGCUACGUUUACACAGGCAGCCCAAUUCUGAACUUUUUUUCACUAAUCAGAUCAGUGCUGAAAAAGAUCUGAUGUGAUCGGUCUAAAGACCAAUUAGUGGAAAGAAGAUCAGAAUUGGGCUGCCUUAUGUUACACAUAAAACUAGUGGAGACACUUGAUUGGAAAUAUACUACACUUGCAUACAGUGAAAAUACACAGACAUACAGUGAAAAUACACAGACAUACAGUGCUUGGGUAAUUUGAAUUUGGAAAUCCCUCCCUGGUUUUUACUUGCUAAUUGUAUUGAAGAUACCUUUAUGAAGUCAGAUGUUGAAUAUAUAUAUACAAUAUAAUGAUAUAUUGAAUAAAAAAAGUGAAACUAUUUUCCAAAUACAAGGCUUUUAAUUUGACCUCAACUUUUCUAAUAACCAAUGGUACUUGCCAGUUACCACACUUUUCCACACAGUCAGUCCAUCAGUCUUUUCAUAUUAGUGCUUUGAAAGACCAUUGUCUUAUCAUUGCCAACAUGCUUAUUCUGGCUUUCUUGCAGUUCUAUUUUUCUCACACAGACCCAGUCAUUUUUACAAAUGUGGCCACAACUUUGUUUCUUGUUUGUUUUUGUUCAUUGUAUUCACAGUUGAAUGUGUUUUGGUCUUUUUCGUUACAGUAUGUAUUCUCCUAUAUUUAACAGAUGUUCUCUUGGCACAGAUGUUGAUCAUUGAUGUAUUAACCCAGUAUUUCAGCCAGCCAGCAGGAGGCGCUCCACUGUGUUUUGAAUGUAGUUUAGCAGAUUAUAUUACAUUUAUGUUUCAGAUUUGCUGCUGGCCACCAUGAGAUUGAUAUUUACAUCCCCUACACCUGUUAGACAUAUUGCAAUGUGUUUCAUUCACUUUUUGACAAUCAUGUAAAGCAUGUUUGUGAAGCAAAGGGCUGGUGGGAGUAGAAAUCAUCAGCUUGCAGCUUUGUUAUUAGUGUUUGGUAGACUUUAAUAUCCCUUAACAUUGUUCACAAAGGCCAUUUGGAAUUUUUUUUUUACACAAUCUUUACAUUUACACAACAUCUAUCUGCAACAUGGGCUUAUACUUGCUAAAAUAUGUGAAAAACAAGAACAAAUACCUUGACUUACUUGUGAGGGUCCUCUUUUGUAUUGCAGUAGGAAGCAAAAGACUUUAUCCAAAACCUGUGAAAGACAACUGACAUACUGGGGCAUACUGUCUUUUGAAGCAUACCUAUACACACCGUAACCCAUGUUGGAAUCAAGUUUGAGUUAUUUUAACUCAUGUUGUUCACUUAAUUAAGUCUCUAGACGGCCCUAUCCGUUCACAUGGGUUUUCACUAUUCUGUUUAUUGGUCAUUCAGAAUACAACCAGUCCUAGGCUUUCAAUAAGCAGACAGCAGAUAGGUAUUGAUAAUAGCUUGACAUUAUAGCAAGUCAUGUAUCUCUUGGUUUCUUUCAAAAACAGCAAAUGGCUUUUUGAACUCAAUAGAAUAGCCACCCAAAAUGUAUAUUUCCAUUUUAAGAGAAUUCAUUAUACAGUAGAAUUUUUAACUUGACUAAUGUAUGUGUGUGUAGAAAGGGAGGAAUCUGUUGAGCUUCUCCUGGGACUUUUAUAGACACACCUACUGUAGCAAACAACCUCCCAGUUUUCCUUUUCUGUUUUAAAUUGGCCUUUGGAGCUAUCCAUGCUUCAAAUGGAGAGGCGAAGGUAAUGGAAUUAGGAAUUAAAAACAAGCUGUGCACAAUAUACUUCUAUUAUGAUUUACAUUUCAUAUUGAGUUUAGCAUUUGUGAAAUGAGUUACCCUGUACUUAGCAUGAAACUUUUAAAACCUUAAACAAUAUAAAAAAGAAAUUAUAAUAAAAAAACAUACCUAUGUACUGGAAACAUGAUAAAGAAAUAUUGUAUUCUGUUUUAUUUUGACAGAAUUAUUUUUAUUAAAAUACACAUCCAUAAGCAUA